AUGGACAACGUAGAAGAACUUAUAGCAACCUUCCCGAUGUUUAUAGGAUUAGUGGUUGCCACCUUCCUCCUGAACACUGGUCGUGGCUUACAAGCCGUAAUGUUAGGCGAAGAAUGUUUAAUCUUUCUAAAAUCUAACGAGCUGAAAAAGAAGACCUGUUUCCAAUUUACCAUGGUAAUCAAUAAGUUAAUGUUCAAGGCGGCUUGCAUGGCUUCCAGUUACACAUCUGCAGAAAGAUAUGCUAAGGAACUUCUUGAUCUGUACCAUGCCUCUGGUGACACAAUUGAAGAAGGAAAAAUAACUUUAACACUGGGAAAGAUAUAUCAGAGCCAAAAUGAGUUUGAAAAGGCAAAACAAUAUUAUCAGAAGGCAAUUGAUGUGACAGAAUGUACGGCUGACAAACAAACGGAAGCAAAAUGUUACCUUGCGAUGGGACAUUUAUCUUAUUCGCGUAGUGAAUAUCACAAAGCUAAGAAGUAUUUCGAGAACGCACUGGCAAUCACGGUGUCCUAUGGUGACAGAACCAGGGAAGCUACCAUUUACGGAAACCUAGGUACAGUCGUUCAGUCACUUGGGGAAUACGACAAAGCUGAGAAAUAUUACAAGAAAGCACUUGAAAUCAGGAAAAAAACUGGCGACAGAGAGGGAGAAGCAGCUGACUACGGAAACUUAGGAACAUUGUUUCAUUCACUGGCUGAAUACGAAAAGGCUAAAGAAUACACCGAGAAAGCACUUGCAAUCAGAAAGGAAAUUGGCGACAGAAAGGGAGAAGCAGCUGACUACGGAAACUUAGGAACAUUGUUUCAUUCACUGGGUGAAUGCGAAAAGGCUAAAGAAUACACCGAGAAAGCACUUGCAAUCAGAAAGGAAAUUGGCGACAGAAAGGGAGAAGCAGCUGACUACGGAAACUUAGGAACAUUGUUUCAUUCACUGGGUGAAUACGAAAAGGCUAAAGAAUACACCGAGAAAGCACUUGCAAUCAGAAAGGAAAUUGGCGACAGAGAGGGAGAAGCAGCUGACUACGGAAACUUAGGAACAUUGUUUCAUUCACUGGGUGAAUACGAAAAGGCUAAAGAAUACACCGAGAAAGCACUUGCAAUCAGAAAGGAAAUUGGCGACAGAAAGGGAGAAGCAGCUGACUACGGAAACUUAGGAGCAUUGUGUCAUUCACUGGCUGAAUACGAAAAGGCUAAAGAAUACACCGAGAAAGCACUUGCAAUCAGAAAGGAAAUUGGCGACAGAAAGGGAGAAGCAGCUGACUACGGAAACUUAGGAACAUUGUUUCAUUCACUGGGUGAAUGCGAAAAGGCUAAAGAAUACACCGAGAAAGCACUUACAAUCAGAAAGGAAAUUGGCGACAGAGAGGGUGAAGCAGCUGACUACGGAAACUUAGGAACAUUGUUUCAGUCACUGGCUGAAUACGAAAAGGCUAAAGAAUACACCGAGAAAGCACUUGCAAUCAGAAAGGAAAUUGGCGACAGAAAGGGAGAAGCAGCUGACUACGGAAACUUAGGAACAUUGUUUCAUUCACUGGGUGAAUACGAAAAGGCUAAAGAAUACACCAAGAAAGCACUUGCAAUCAGAAAGGAAAUUGGCGACAGAAAGGGGAGAAGCAGCUGACUACGGAAACUUAGGAACAUUGUUUCAUUCACUGGGUGAAUACGAAAAGGCUAAAGAAUACACCGAGAAAGCACUUGCAAUCAGAAAGGAAAUUGGCGACAGAAAGGGAGAAGCAGCUGACUACGGAAACUUAGGAACAUUGUUUCAUUCACUGGGUGAAUACGAAAAGGCUAAAGAAUACACCGAGAAAGCACUUGCAAUCAGAAAGGAAAUUGGCGACAGAAAGGGAGAAGCAGCUGACUACGGAAACUUAGGAACAUUGUUUCAGUCACUGGGUGAAUACGAAAAGGCUAAAGAAUACACCGAGAAAGCACUUGCAAUCAGAAAGGAAAUUGGCGACAGAAAGGGAGAAGCAGCUGACUACGGAAACUUAGGAACAUUGUUUCAUUCACUGGGUGAAUACGAAAAGGCUAAAGAAUACACCGAGAAAGCACUUGCAAUCAGAAAGGAAAUUGGCGACAGAAAGGGAGAAGCAGCUGACUACGGAAACUUAGGAACAUUGUUUCACUCACUGGGUGAAUACGAAAAGGCUAAAGAAUACACCGAGAAAGCACUUGCAAUCAGAAAGGAAAUUGGCGACAGAAAGGGAGAAGCAGCUGACUACGGAAACUUAGGAACAUUGUUUCAUUCACUGGGUGAAUACGGAAAGGCUAAAGAAUACACCGAGAAAGCACUUGCAAUCAGAAAGGAAAUUGGCGACAGAAAGGGAGAAGCAGCUGACUACGGAAACUUAGGAACAUUGUUUCAUUCACUUACACUGAGAAAGCACUUGCAAUCAGAAAGGAAAUUAGCGACAGAAAGGAGAAAUAAUACGGAAAAGGCUGAAAAGGCUAAAGAAUACACCGAGAAAGCACUUGCAAUCAGAAAGGAAAUUGGCGACAGAAAGGGAGAAGCAGCUGACUACGGAAACUUAGGAACAUUGUUUCAUUCACUGGGUGAAUACGAAAAGGCUAAAGAAUACACCGAGAAAGCACUUGCAAUCAGAAAGGAAAUUGGCGACAGAAAGGGAGAAGCAGCUGACUACGGAAACUUAGGAACAUUGUUUCAGUCACUGGGUGAAUACGAAAAGGCUAAAGAAUACACCGAGAAAGCACUUGCAAUCAGAAAGGAAAUUGGCGACAGAGAGGGAGAAGCAGCUGACUACGGAAACUUAGGAACAUUGUUUCAUUCACUGGGUGAAUACGAAAAGGCUAAAGAAUACACCGAGAAAGCACUUGCAAUCAGAAAGGAAAUUGGCGACAGAGAGGGAGAAGCAGCUGGCUACGGAAACUUAGGAACAUUGUUUCAUUCACUGGCUGAAUACGAAAAGGCUAAAGAAUGCACCGAGAAAGCACUUGCAAUCAGAAAGGAAAUUGGCGACAGAAAGGGAGAAGCAGCUGACUACGGAAACUUAGGAACAUUGUUUCAUUCACUGGCUGAAUACGAAAGGGCUAAAGAAUACACCGAGAAAGCACUUGCAAUCAGAAAGGAAAUUGGCGACAGAAAGGGAGAAGCAGCUGACUACGGAAACUUAGGAACAUUGUUUCAUUCACUGGGUGAAUACGAAAAGGCUAAAGAAUACACCGAGAAAGCACUUGCAAUACGAAAGGAAAUUGGCGACAGAAAGGGAGAAGCAGCUGACUACGGAAACUUAGGAGCAUUGUUUCAUUCACUGGGUGAAUACGAAAAGGCUAAAGAAUACACCGAGAAAGCACUUGCAAUCAGAAAGGAAAUUGGCGACAGAAAGGGAGAAGCAGCUGACGGAAACGGAAACUUAGGAACAUUGAAAGCACUUGCAAUCAUUCACUGGAGUGAAUACGGAAAAGGAACAUUGUUUCAUUCACUGGGUGGCUAAAGAAUACACCGAGAAAGCACUUGCAAUCAGAAAGGAAAUUGGCGACAGAAAGGGAGAAGCAGCUGACUACGGAAACUUAGGAACAUUGUUUCAUUCACUGGGUGAAUACGAAAAGGCUAAAGAAUACACCGAGAAAGCACUUGCAAUCAGAAAGGAAAUUGGCGACAGAGGGGAGAAGCAGCUGACUACGGAAACUUAGGAACAUUGUUUCAUUCACUGGGUGAAUACCAAAAGGCUAAAGAAUACACCGAGAAAGCACUUGCAAUCAGAAAGGAAAUUGGCGACAGAAAGGGAGAAGCAGCUGACUACGGAAACUUAGGAACAUUGUUUCAGUCACUGGCUGAAUACGAAAAGGCUAAAGAAUACACCGAGAAAGCACUUGCAAUCAGAAAGGAAAUUGGCGACAGAGAGGGAGAAGCAGCUGACUACGGAAACUUAGGAACAUUGUUUCAGUCACUGGCUGAAUACGAAAGGGCUAAAGAAUACACCGAGAAAGCACUUGCAAUCAGAAAGGAAAUUGGCGACAGAGAGGGAGAAGCAGCUGACUACGGAAACUUAGGAACAUUGUUUCAUUCACUGGGUGAAUACGAAAAGGCUAAAGAAUACACCGAGAAAGCACUUGCAAUCAGAAAGGAAAUUGGCGACAGAAAGGGAGAAGCAGCUGGCUACGGAAACUUAGGAACAUUGUUUUCAUUCACUGGGUGAAUACGAAAAGGCUAAAGAAUACACCGAGAAAGCACUUGCAAUCAGAAAGGAAAUUGGCGACAGAAAGGGAGAAGCAGCUGACUACGGAAACUUAGGAACAUUGUUUCAUUCACUGGGUGAAUACGAAAAGGCUAAAGAAUACACCGAGAAAGCACUUGCAAUCAGAAAGGAAAUUGGCGACAGAAAGGGAGAAGCAGCUGACUACGGAAACUUAGGAACAUUGUUUCAUUCACUGGGUGAAUGCGAAAAGGCUAAAGAAUACACCGAGAAAGCACUUGCAAUCAGAAAGGAAAUUGGCGACAGAGAGGGAGAAGCAGCUGACUACGGAAACUUAGGAACAUUGUUUCAUUCACUGGGUGAACUUGACAAAGCUGAAGCACAUCUUAACAAGGCUCUCUCAAUUUGCAAAGCCAUUGGACAUAAUAUGAAUGAGUUUAAAUUUCUUUGUGGUCUAACGGUUUUGAAGUUGGCGCAGUCUAAUUUCCAAGAAGCGUUUUCGUAUCUUUUAAGAACUAUUGAAAAAUUCGAAAAAUUGCGACACUUCGUAAAAGAUAAUGAUUACUUCAAAAUAUCUUUGUUGGAGGAGCAUGGUGCCUUUCCCUAUAAGAUACUCAGUAAAUUGGUUUCUGUUUCCGGGAAUCCUGAAGAUUCCCUUUACGUCGAAGAACUCAGACGGGCAAGAGCUCUAGCGGACUUGAUGACGGCUCAAUAUUCUGCUAAACAGCCCCAGUUUUCAGGUGAUCCACAAUUGGCAUUGUUUUGCAUUCAUGAUAUCAUUAAAAGAGAAGCAAAUUGUACUUUUGUGUACCUUUCGGUUGAUGAUGAAGAUGUACGGAUUUGGGUUCUCAAAACAAGCGGAGGGAUUAUUUUCCGACGCAAAAAGGGAAAGGAUUCAGACAGUUUUGGAAAUGCCGGCUCACUCCCAAAUCCGAAAGUGCUUUUUGCGGAGAGUUUCCGCCACUUUGCCAUCCCACCCACAGAGAAUUACGAAGAUCGCUCUUUUAAUGACGAACCUGUUCUAAAGUUAUCUGGCGAUGUUAAGCGAUCACCUCCAUCUCACGAUGAAACUGAAGAUAUGAAAACAUGUCUGCGUUUGUUCCACAAAAUAAUUAUCGCUCCCGUGGCCGAUAUUUUGAAAGAGCCUGAAAUUAUCAUUGUCCCUGACAGCUGCAUGUAUCAAGUGCCAUUUGCAGCCUUACUUGACGAGGGAGAAAGAUAUUUGUCUGAAAAAUUCAGGAUCCGCAUCGUUCCUUCCUUGACGGUCCUCAAGGUCAUUCAGGAUAGUCCUUCAAACUAUCACAGUAACACUGGGGCACUGAUAGUGGGUGAACCUGAAGUGAGAGAAGUGAUUUACAAGGGAAAGCAAAUGAUCCUUGAUCCAUUACCAGGUGCAAGAAAAGAAGCUGAAAUGAUUGGAAAAAUGCUUGGCGUCAUCCCAUUGUUAGGGAAAGAUGCAACAAAGGAGGCGGUUCUUGAACAGAUGAAGUCAGUUGCGUUGAUACAUUUUGCGGCUCACGGAAAUCCCGAUCGAGGAGAAAUAGCACUUUCCCCCGUCAGUACUACUAACAAUACUCCACAAGAAGAAGAAUACCUUUUGACGAUGGCUGACGUAUCAAAAGUUAAACUUCGAGCUAAACUGGUAGUUCUAAGCUGUUGUCACAGUGGGUGCGGAGAGAUUAAAGUCGAAGGAGUAAUUGGAAUCGCUCGAGCGUUCCUAGGAUCCGGUGCUCGGUCGGUGUUAGUGACGCGGUGGGCCUUGGACGACGAAUCAACGGAGCAGUUCAUGAAAUGUUUCUACGAACACUUGUUCCGUGGUGAGAGUGCCAGUGAAUCUCUUCACGAGGUCAGAAAGUGGAUGAGAGAUAACUCCAAGUAUUCUGAAGUGAAGAAAUGGGCUACGUUCAUGUUGAUUGGAGAUAAUGUCACAUUGAGGUAG